AUGCUGUGCUCAAUGCGUAACACUGUCUCUGCACUACAUAUCAAAUGGAAUUAUUUCGGCGUUGAUGCACAACAUUUAGCUAACGGAUUAUGGUAUAAUACAACACUCAUCACACUAGAUCUCGGAUGCAAUCAAAUCGGAGAUGUUGAAGUACAACAUUUAGCUGAUGUAAUACUACAUAACACAACAUUCACCACACUACAUAUCGGAUGGAAUCAAAUCGGAGAUGUUGGAGCACAGCAUUUGGCUGAUGUAUUACGAUAUAACACAACACUCAUCACACUAGAUCUCCAACAGAAUCAAAUCGGAAAUGUGGCAGCAAAACAUUUGGCUAAUGUAUUCCGACAUAACACAACACUAACCAUACUAGAUCUCGGUGGUAAUUAUAUCGGAGAUGUUGGGGCACAACAUUUGGCUGAUGGACUACGACAUAACAGAACACUCACCAAACUAAGUCUCAAAAAUAAUCAAAUCGGAGAUGGUGGAGCUCAACAUUUGGCUGAUGGAUUACGAAAUAGCACAACACUCACCAAACUAAGUCUCAAAAAUAAUCAAAUCGGAGAUGGUGGAGCUCAACAUUUGGCUGAUGGAUUACGAAAUAACACAGUAAUUACCAUUGUCUCUUCAUCUAUGUGA